GUGGACAGAAGCGGGUCAGACACACAGACAGACAGAGUAUGAAUGGACGAGGGACACAGAGUCAGAAGAAGAGCCCCUGUUACCUAACUAAACCCGGAAAGAACAACGGCCAGUCCUGCUGAAGGAUUAGCUCCUUGUCCGUUCUACCAUGGCCCUGCCCUCGGUGAUGGUGUUGCCCCUGCUGAUAGUCGUGGCAGCAGGGGUGUACUACAUCUACAAUGAGGUCACGCAGUUCAUGUCCAAGUCCUUGGUGCGAAACAAAGUGGUGGUGAUCACGGAUGCUGUGUCCGGGGUGGGGACUGAGUGUGCCCAUCUCUUCCAUAAGGGUGGUGCCAGGCUGAUCCUGUGUGGGACUAGCUGGGACAAACUGGAGUCUCUGUAUGACUCUCUGACUACUGAUGCUGACCCCAGAGAGACAUUCGCCCCAAAACUGGUGAUCUUGGACUUCAGUGACAUGGACAGCAUGGAGGAUGUGGUGGCCGAGGUGUUAGAGUGUUAUGGCUGCGUGGACGUGCUGAUCUGUAACAGCAGCAUGAAGCUGAAGGCCCCCGUACAGAGCGUCUCCCUGGAACUGGACAGAAACAUCAUGGACAUCAACUACUUUGGCCCCAGCUCUCUGGCCAAAGGUGUUCUUCCAACAAUGAUCUCAAGAAGAUCAGGGCACAUUGUGCUGGUGAACAGUAUCCAGGGCAGACUGGCCAUCCCAUUCAGAAGUUCAUAUGCGGCAUCCAAGCAUGCGGCGCAGGCCUUCUUUGAUUGCCUGCGUGCGGAAGUGGAGGAGUACGGGAUAGUUGUCAGCACCAUAAGUCAUACCUUCAUCAAUGCGUCCAACCCACCUCCUGUCGAGGAGCCUGCCCCCAAACCAAACACCCUGGCUGCAUUUAUUGCUAGCCAGCUGACCCAUGGCGUGCGCCCCUCAGUCCUGGCCAACGAGAUUAUGCAAACGGUGAACAGAAAGAGGAAGGAGGUUGUGCUGGCCCACCCCAUCCCCAGGGUGGCCCUCUACCUCCGCACCCUCUUCCCCCCCUUCCUCUUUGCUGUGCUGGCUGCUGGAGUAAAGGACUCAGUGCUGGCUGAGCAGAUGUAGGAGCAAGGUAGAAAGGAUAAACGGAAGAUCAGGGAGAUGUGAAGUAAAGCAUGAAUUGUUUGGAAAUGGUAGAUCUGUAUUAGUAUGUGCUUGAUACAAAGCUGGAUGACCAACAGGGCAAAGCGGGUAACUGCCCUGGGCCCCUAGAUUCUCAGGAAGCCUGGGCAGCCCAGGUUAACCAUGUGGAAAUUUGUUUAUGGCGAUUUUAUUUCUAAUUGAAAAUUUGUUUCUUAAUACUGUUUAAUAAUGACCACAAAUGCAUUGACAAAGCAGAAUGCUGAGGGGCCUUAAAUAGGUAAUAACUGUUCAGCCUUUAGGGGGCAGCAGAAACAAGCUGUACACAGGACACUUACACACUUUAUGAGGUUACCAUGGCUAAUGUGUUAGCAAACAGAAAAAAUACUCAAAUGAACUCCACCACUGCAGCUAGAAUAUUAAAAUGCUGUUUAAGUGUUAAUACAGCAGUUGUUCAUAUUUUGUACUUUGCAGAGCUUUAAUUUGUAAUGGAGUUAUUUUUCCAUUGUGACAUUAAUAUUUUCACUCAAAUAAAAAAUGAUAACUUGUUCCACCAUAAGGGAUAUAAAUGAGAUGCACAGAACAAAUCUAUUGUGGGGAAAAUAAAGGUAGAUUGUCGGUAAAUCCUCUAGGUGGCAGCAACAUGCAGUUAUUACUAACUGAAUGUCUUGUGGUUCUGAUGAGUUCAGCCUUAGCAGACCUCCUUUCACAAUGAAUUGUUUAUGUGGGACAAAGCGUCCCAGUAUUUGCUCUUUUGAAAUGUUAAUUAACUCUCCUAAUUUGACAAUUAUGAAAUGUGUGAUGAAUAGACAUCAAAUGAUGAACUCUGACCCAUUUUCAUUGCUGCACUUUUCCUCUGAUAUUGCAAUAAUUGCUUGUGCACUGCAGUUAAGUAUAUUUAAGAAAUAUACAAUAAAGCAACCAAAGCUUGGGAGUUUGUUCUUGAAAUAAAUUAUUUCUCCAUAACAAAUGCUGCACAUUCACUGUCCUUCUCCUGGGAGCUGUGGCGCUUAUACAGACGCAAUACAACCAGUUACAUGUCACUCGUAGAUUUAUGGUGCUCAUCACUUCAAGGCUGGAGGACAGGAGCUUCUGCCUGGUAUUAUCUUGUGAGGAUUACAUUGGUGGGAUCAGUGCUCUGAACGUGAUGUAUAUUCUAUUUGGUGAUUACUGCGUAUAUAAAAUAACACACUUGGCACAGGAUAUAAAAAAUAAAAUGUCAUCCCGAAUGUCCAUCUCUGUGACAAAAGCCCUUUUUAUGACAACUGUGAUGUAAAUGAGAAAUAAAUUCUGA